AUGGCCAAGGCUCGAAGAGGGAGCCUUUCCUCAAGGCAUGAAGCGCUACGUUACUUUCAUCAACUGAGCGCCACUUUGCCGAGGAAAUUGGUUCAAACCGAAGCCAUCAUGGUUCGAAGGGGGAGUCCCAGCCAAGGCUUGUUUUCGAAAGACAAUGUUAUCGGUGAAAGGGGAUAUGGAGUUGUUUAUCAAGGCAAGUUAAUCAAUGGGAGUCCUGUGGCUGUUAAGAAGUUCCUCAGAUGUGUGUAUGCAGCUAGUUUAACUAACACUAUCGUCUCACCUGAUGCAGAGGACAAGCCGAGAAGGAAUUUAGAGUGGAAGUUGAGGCUAUUGGACUAUUGGUCAUGUGCGGCACAAGAACUUAGUCAGACUUCUAGGAAAUUUAUAAACAUGGAUGAUGAGAUUGUUUCUGAGACUCCUGUUCAAGCUUCUGGUAGUGUUGAUUCUGGUAAAAAAUCUAAUGUUUGGAGGUUUUUUAAGAAGAUUGGAAAAGACAGAGAUGGUAUUGAAAAGGCUGAAUACAAUUUUUGUCAUCAUGAAUACAAAAUUGGAAAAAAUCCGAAAACUAAGAAUGCUUACGGAACUUCUCAUCUAAGUCGUCAUAUAGUUUCUUGUAAAUCUAUACCCCUCAAUAUUAGAUUUGAUGAUGAUAUAGAGGGUCUGCCAACUAAAAUUGAUCAGAAUGUUCAUAGAAAAAAACUCGCUCAGGCUAUAGCAAAACAUGAUCUUGCGUUUAGCUUUGUUGAGUAUGAGGGUAUUAGAGAUUGGAUUAAUUACAUUAGUCCAACGAUUAUAAUGCCUUCUAGAAACACUUUAGUUUCAGAUCUUCAAAUGAUUUAUUCAACAGAGAAAGAGAAAUUGAGACAGAAGAUGUCUAGGAUACCUAAUAGAAUUUGUUUGACAUCUGAUGUAUGGACAGCAUCUACCACUGAAGGAUAUAUUUGUCUGACAGCUCAUUUUGUUGAUGAGAAUUGGCGACUAGUGAGUAAGAUUUUGAAUUUUUGUCAAACAAUUCCUCCCCAUACUGGAACCGAUAUGGAAGCAGUCUUAUUUAACUCUUUGAAGCAGUGGGGUAUUGAUAAGAAAGUAUUCUCUAUUACUUUAGAUAAUGCUUCUGCAAAUGACAACAUGCAAAACAUCUUAAAAACUCUUCUAUGUAAGCAGAAUAGUUUGCUUUACGAUGGAGAAUAUUUUCAUGUGCGUUGUUCCGCUCACAUUUUAAAUUUGAUUGUACAAGAAGGGUUAAAGGUGGCUGCUGGAGCUUUAUUUAAAAUCAGAGAGAGUGUGAAAUAUGUGAAAGCUUCUGAUGGGAGAAAAAUGAAAUUCAAAGAUUGUGUGCAGCAAGCAGAAAUUGAAGAAGGUGUUGGUCUAAAAUCAGAUGUUCCAACUCGAUGGAAUUCUACAUAUAUGAUAUUGGAAAGUGCAAUUAAAUUUGAAAAAGCGUUUGACAUCCUUAGUGUUGUAGAUGGAGCUUAUAAAGAUUGUCCAACAAAUGAAGAAUGGAGCUUAGCAAAAAAAAUGUGUGAAUUUUUAGAGCCAUUUAAUGAAACUACAAACCUCAUUUCGGGUUCAUCAUAUCCAACAUCAAAUUUGUAUUUUAUGCAAGUUUGGAAAAUUGAAUGUCUUUUGGAAGACAAUCAAACUUGUGAUGAUGUUGUUAUUAUGAACAUGGCUUUUAGAAUGAAGAUGAAGUUUGAUAAAUAUUGGAAGGAUUAUAGCACUGUCUUGGCUUUUGGGGCAAUUCUUGAUCCUCGAUUAAAGUUAAAGUUCUUGAGGUUUUGUUACAAAAAACUAGAUCCUUCAACCUUUGAAUUGAAGGCAAAUGAAGUAUUGGAGAAAUUUAAAAGGUUGUAUGGAGAGUACAUAAAUACUUUUGGUGGUUCAACAAUUUCUCAAAGUAGUAAUCAAUCUCCUAUGUCACCUGAAGAAGGAAGGCUUACAAAGAAGAGCAAAAUGGUGAUGAAGGAGUUCAGAGAAUUUGACUGUGAAACCCAAACUUUCAAGGAUAAAGAUGAAUUAGAGAUUUAUCUAAAAGAAGGUUUGAUUCACACCAAUGAAGAUGAUUUGAAGUAUGAUGUGCUAAAUUUUUGGAAGAUUAGCGAGGAUAGGUUUCCCACUCUGUCAGUUAUGGCCAGAGAUGUUUUAAGUAUUCCCAUCACUACUGUAGUAUCUGAGUCUGCAUUCAGUAUUGGUGGACGUGUUUUAACAAAAUAUAGAAGUUCCACUCUUCAUGAGCAUGUCCAAAUGCUUAUUUGCAUAAGGAGUUGGUUACGUGAAUUUGUUCCAAAUCAUGAUGAUGAUGAAAUUGGUGAAAUUCAUGAAGAAGAAGUGUCAACAGCAACGAUGCAUCUCCCUCAACAUUCAUGA